UGAUCUAUUAAUAGAUAAAGACCUUCAAACUAUAGAAUUCAACACUAAAAAAGUUAAACCAUUACUUAAAGAUGUGCAAGAAAUUAAUUGUAGUUUAUGUAAUUUCUCAGAAAAUGAAAUAAUCAUGUGUUUAGAUCUUAGUAAAAUGCAAGUCUGUCUUUUAAACAAAGAAACUGAUACAGAAUAA